GGGGACUUCAACCAUCCCCCCCAUUCUCCCUCUCCCUCUCCUGCCGCUUCCGCACCCAUCCUGGCUCAAGCAGUUCGUCCUGCCCGCUGUACUUUCACACUCGACCUUACUACCCUGCCCUGUGCAUGAUGGUGUCGCCGUUAGUCGCGCUCUGCGCCCUCCUCCCGCUGCUGGGAGCAGCUCUCCCGUCGGACUACAGCGGAAGCGUCCUGUCCCUCUUGGAGCGCGGCGACGAGCUCGGCCUCGAUGACGAGUACGAUUUCGAUCUCAGCUACGAGGACGUCCACAUGCUGCAGGAAGGGGUCAAGAAGCCACAUAAGAGAGCUUCACUCGACCGCAAGAAGAGCUACGCGGAACUGACGAAGUCUAUUGACGAGAUCAUUCCAAUCCUGGAGAUGGACUUCAAGUCGAGGACGCAGGAGCUGAAGGUGGCACUGGCCACGUUCAAGGAGAGGCAGCGCGACAUGGACGUAGCAAAGAGGGACGCCACCCAGGCCAUGAAAGCACUCCGCCUGGAGGCAGAUAAGCGCCGCAGGGCCGCGGCCGAGCGCAAGAAGGCCAAGGAGAAGGAGCGACUCGCGAGGGACGAGAUGGCCCGCACCGCCAAGGAGGCGAUGAUCAAGAAGGCGCAGGCCCUCAUGGGCUCGACGGGCGCGGGCUCCGCGGACAACUUCAUGCUGAGCGAGACGGCGCUGAGCACCAUGGUCAACGUGCUCAUGGCCCUGCCCGGGGCAGUGGAGAACCCCAUCUUCGUGAAGCGCCUGAACCGGGGGAAGGAGCAGGCGGUCACCGCCGUCCAGGAUUUCCUCAACAUCACGCGCCGCAAGACCUCGAAAUUCGUGCUGGCGGCCUCCAAGGCGUCCGAUGUGGAGCUCGGCUUCCUCCUGGCGCGCUACUUCCACGAGGCGUCCUUCCGCGUCAAGGCGAUGCAGUCUGACGGGAUGAAGAUCGCGAGGGAUCUCAACAUCGUUAUGCCGAGGGAGCUGAGGCAAGCCUUUCUGCCCGUCGUCAAGGGCGUGAGAGCCCAAGCACUCCCGCUGAGGGUGAACGCCACCAGUCUUGCGAGCGCCACCAUCACCGACGCCUGCCUGCAGAUGUCCAGCCUCAUGUCGAACAUCAGCGACUACAACAACAAGCUGAACACCAUGCACUCCUCCAUGCACGACGUCUGGCAGAUCUCCGAGCUGAUCCUGCCAAAGGUGGGCAAGAUCUACCCCAUGAAGCCCAUUGUGAUUGAUACCGUCAAGGACUUCAUGUCGAUGGCGACCACACAGCUCGCUGGCCUCCAGGAGGCCGCCGACGAGAUCGUGGUCAACAUCGGCCCCAUCGUCGCCGAGCGAAUGCAGUGCACCUGGAGCGCUGCGCUCCCGCGCCCCUCCGUGGGCUGGGCCUCCGUGCUGGCGGCACUCGCCGGCCACCUCCUCGCCCAGGCGCUCUGAGGCCGGCACCCCUCUCGCGGCCCUCCCUCCCUCCCUCCCUCCGCCCUCUCGUCUUGGUGCCUGCUCUCGCCUGCCUCCCUUCCCCUCUCCUCCGCCCUCUCCCACGCCCACCUCUUGCAAACAUGGACUGGCUGGCGCAUUUUGGCGCCUCACCUCUGGUGUGGAUGUUGCUGGCGGGGCUGUCGGGUGACAGAAAAUGGCGAGCGAGGCAACGAUGUCUGGGAGGCCUGGCGGGCGGGUGGCCCCGCGCCGCCGGCCCGCGCGGCUCACCCCGCCGUCGGGGAGGCGCGGCUCGGAGGGCUGCGCGGCGGAGGCCCCUCCGCUUCGGAGGACGCCGGCGGAGCACCUCACCGAUCCUCCGAGGAGGGAAGGGGUGCAGUCAGCCCGAAUAGGAAGGAUGGGCAACCUUCCCAAAAGUACCCUUGCAUCCUUGCCUCCUCGGU